AUGAGCAGCGGGUCGCCGCGCUUGGGCUGGUGCCAACCCGUGCACACAACACAAACGUCUUUGGCGCGACAGAUUGACUCUCGGCAUGAUGCAAGGGGUGGUAGACACCAAGGUACUUUGAGUUUCAGUAAGGCCGCCACUGAUUCCGAGUCGCAAAGAGACCUGUCACUGGUGUCUGUGCCUUCAUUGUCGACCUCCUCGAUGGAGGCUUCCACAUCUCACCGAACACCGGAAUGCCCGUCGUAUGAUGACACGCACCGCUCCUCAUUCUCUUCUUCGCGGGUGUCGGACCCGCAGGGGGGCUCAUCCGCUGUAUCGCAGCACUCGCAGCCCUCCCAACCAGUCCCCGUGUCUGAAGGUAGGCAGCUAAGCAUAGAAGAAGCGAUAGCAGGGCAUCAGGCCACGCCCCGACCAUUGUCUGUAUCACGCAGCCCUGCUGGACAGGGCUCGCCGGUGAAGCAGCGAGUGGCAGGGAGAUCCGAGUCUCCUGUAGAGACCAGCAAGACGGCCGCCAAAGGCAUGGAGAGACUUCGGUCGAAAAGUAUCGGGUCGCUCUCCCGUGAAAGCCGGAUCGCUGCGUUAUCGGUGCACCUGCGCACUCGCCUUUCGUACGCGGCGGCGAAGAUCGAAAAGAGCCGACACACCCCAAGGGCCCAGGAUCUUCCGCCGACGACGCGGAUUGAUUCAGUAAUGCGAUUCGGACCGCUAGCCAAUCUGGGUCAGGCUGAUGCGGUGCAAUCGGGGAGGAUCGACUCGCCGGCCAGUACGACAGUCUCGUCGCCAGACAUGCACGGGACGGGGGGUUUCGGUCAUGUUGGCACCGCGCGUUUGUCGCCUGCGGCCUGGUCAGAGGCUGCAUCCCCACACUUUGACUCGAGAAGACAUCCUUGGCAGCAUCAUCAUCAUCAGUAUCACCACCAUGAUUCUCAGAUGGACCGCUCUCCACGGCCCAAACUCGCUCCACCUGUAGAUAUCAUCCCGAAGGGAGGAAGCACCAGUCGACGCCGACGUCCCAAUCCCAACGAGUUCAUCCCGCCGUCCUCUUCGCACCGCCGACAUCAUUCCCACCAGGAUCUUGGGUUGUCGCAGUCCCAGGCACACUCAGAUCGAGUGCUGGUGCCCGGGACCCCACCUCUGCGGCCGUCGGGGUCCAUGGCCUCUACGCGCCACGGCGGCCUGUCGAGCUCGCAGAGCAGCACGAUGGAGCAGGACGCAAUCGAAACGCUGCUGUUCAUGUCCAGCCCGGGCCACUCGGGGUACUCGAGCCACCGUGCUGUCCCGCGGAGCAGCAACGGGUCGCAGGGGUCGAGUCUCCGCGUCCCGUGGAGCCAGCCUGAACCGCCCGGCAGUACCCGGGGUCAGUCGGUCGGGUUGGAAGCGCAGGCGGGCGACGAGAUCGACCGGAUGUUGGACCAGAUGGACAGUGACAGUGAGAGAAGUGCACGGUAG